AAUAAAAUGGACGCAGGAGGAGCUAACACUUUUGUAGUUGAACCAAAAGAUGAGGAAAAGUAAUCAUAAAACUACUUAAUUUUAGAUUUUACCCUUCUAAAGUGAGAAAACUUAUUUAAGAAAUUAUGGAGGACAAAUUAAAAAACGAAACUUAUGAUGCAAAUAAUACCCCUAUUAUCGCAGAGGAACUUGUAAAAAGAAUAAGAAGCAAGGUUAGAGAUUGUAUGGAAAUAUAAUUUAAUUAUAGCCAUAAAAAUGCCUAGAUUCAAAAUUGCAGUUUAAGUAGUUAUUGGAGAGGUUAAAGGAUAAGGCUGUAAGGUCACAUCAAAGAACCUUUGGGAUCCUACUUGGGAUAAUUAUGCAUCAUAUGCCUACUAAAAUGUAUUGUGAAUUAAUUAAUAAGGAAACUAUUUAUGGGGUUGGAAUUGUUUUUGGUGUCUAUUAUGAAUGA